GGCACAAUAAUGAGCCCAUCAGAAACAGCACUUUAUGGACAAUCAUGAAUAGAUAUUUUUAUAAUCGUGUAUGUUCAUCCGGUUUAGAAUCUGAUUUCUUGUUUUGUGUGUGUGUCACUGUAUGCCUUGAUCAUCAUCAGACUGAAAAUAAAUUUAAAACCGGUGGGGAGUGAAUUAUAAUUUUGUAAAAUAAAAUAAUAAAAAAAAAAAAAACGUCAUCUCAGUUGAGCACCAAACUCGAACAAGGCUGGAUGACCAAAAAUUGACAGAAACACAAGAAAAAUAAUAAAAAAGUUAUUUAACAAUAAUUAAUAAACAAUUAAUAAUUUUACAAGUCAAACAAUGUCAAGUAAAUAUUGGUCAAUAACCCCAGAUGAUCCUCGGUAACAAUUUAAUUAUUUUUUCAAUAAUUUAUUUCAUUCAACAAAUAUCCAAGAAAUAAAAAAAAAAAAAAAAAACGUGGUGUACUUUUCGAAAUUAAAAUAAAGCAAAUUGAGUAAAGAAAAAAAAAAAAAAAAAUGGCAACUACAAAUGAUGAAUUACGAUCGGAAAUUGAAAGACUAUCAAGAGAACUUGAUUUGGCAUCAACUGAAAAAAUUCAAUCAGCUCAAUAUGGUCUUGCACUUUUGGAAGAAAAAUCAACACUUGAACAACGGUGCAAUGAUCUUGAAUCACUCUAUGAAAAUGCCAGGCAUGAUCUCGAAAUUACCCAAGAGGCAUUAGCAAAAUUUCAUACAACAACAAAGCUAACAACAAAAAGUGGCAUUGAACAAGAAGAGAGUUUACUUAAUGAAACAGCAGCUCGAGAAACGUCAUUGCAAACACAAAUAAUUGAAUUGGAAAAUGAAAUAAAACAGGUGCGACAUGAAUUGGAUCGUGUGGAAGCAGAGCGUGACCAUGCCCUUCAAGAACGUGAAGAUGUUGGAAAAGAUCAUCAACAUGCUGAAAGUGAACGUAAAAAAUUACGUACUGAUUUACGUGAAUGUCGUUUUCGUGAAACUCGUUUAUUACAAGAUUAUUCUGAGCUUGAAGAUGAAAAUAUAACAUUACAAAAACAAGUAUCAACAUUACGUUCAAGUCAAGUUGAAUUUGAAAGUGCAAAAUAUGAAAUACGUAGAUUAAAUGAAGAAGUUGAAUUAUUAAAUAGUCAAGUUAAAGAAUUAUCAAAAUUAAAAAAUAUUGCUGAAGAACAAAUGGAAGAAGCACUUGAAUCAUUACAAGCUGAACGUGAAGCAAAAUAUUCAUUAAAAAAAGAACUUGAUCAACGUAUGAAUAAUGAAUCAAUAUAUAAUUUAAGUAAUUUAGCAUUAUCAAUACGUGGUAUAACUGAUGAUCAAACAAUUUGUAGUGAUGGUGAAGAUGAUUCACCAGCAUUACGACGUAUUGAAGAUGAUUUAAAAACACAAGAACCAGGUACAUCUGCCACAAGUGUUAAACAAGUUGAUUUAUUUUCGGAAAUUCAUUUAAAUGAAUUAAAAAAACUAGAAAAACAAUUGGAAAUUGUUGAAAAUGAAAAAAUAAUAUUAACACAAAAUUUACGUGAUAGUCAGCAUGUUAUUGAAAAAAGUCAAGGUGAAUUACAAGCAUUUGUUGCUAGAAUUGUACAAUUAGCAGCACAUGUACAAUCAUUACAACAUUUACAUUCAAAAUUACCAGAUAAACAAACUGAUGAAACUGCAUUGGACAAAUUAACUCAGGCUGUCAUGCAGUAUCAUCAAUGGAGUACAAUGUCUGCUCGUGAAAUUAAUCAACUACAAAAUGAUCUUGCUGAACUUGAAGCUGGACUAACAAUAUCUGAUACAACUCAACAAUUAAGAACAGAGCUAACAAAUCUUCGUAAUAAGAUACCAAUGUCAGAGAUGUGCAUUAAAAAAAAGUUAUUGGAUACUGAGAGUAAAAAUUCACAGCUUGAAUCAGAUAUUAUUGUAUUAUCAAAAUUAGCUGGUGAUGCUGGUGGUUGUUUGGAUAAAGCACAAAAUGAUUUACAAAAUAUAUCUGAUGAACUUGCACAAUUGUAUCAUCAUGUUUGUACAGUUAAUGGUGAAACACCAUCAAGAGUUAUACUUGAUCAUGAAAAAAUAGUUCCUGAUAAAGAUGAUGAAGAAGAUAAUGGUAAAAUUGAGUGGUUUAGAACAUUAUCAAAAACUGAUUUACCAAUAAAAGAACUUGAGAGUUUAAGUAAAGCCAAGGAAAUUAGUAAAUCAAUUGAAACAGCUAUGGAUCAAAUAAAACAUUUGAAAAAUGCUGUUGAACAUACUAUUGACAUGUCAAAAUUAAAAGGAAGUCAAGCAAAUAUAUCUGACUGUGAAAAUAAAGCUGAAGAAGGUGAUCUUCAAGAACAAGUUAUUAAAUUAAAAGCAUUGUUGUCAGCAAAACGUGAACAAAUAGCAACAUUAAGAACAGUACUUAAAUCAAAUAAAAAUACAGCUGAAGUUGCAUUGACCAAUCUCAAGAGCAAGUAUGAAAGUGAAAAGAUUAUUGUCGGUGAAACAAUAUCAAAAUUACGAAAUGAAUUGAGAAGAUUGAAAGAAAACGCAGCAACAUUUUCAAGUUUACGUGCAAUGUUUGCUGCACGAUGUGAGGAAUAUGUAACACAAGUUGAAGAAUUACAACGUCAACUUGCUGUUGCUGAAGAAGAUAGAAAAACAUUGAAUCAUUUAUUACGUCUAGCUGUACAACAAAAAUUGGGACUUACAAUGAAACUUGAAGAGCUUGAAGUUGAUCGUGAAUUAAGAAAUACACGUAGACAUGGUACUGGUGGUAAUGGACGUGGUCGUGCACGUUUACAGCAACAAUCAAACCGUCCACAUAUGGGUCGUGAUUUUUUUUAGAAAAUGGUCAAGAUGUGGAGCAAAGCUUUUUAAUUGUGACAAAAUUAAACAAUAAAUUUAAUAAAUAAUAAAAGAAAUAGUAGGAAAAACAAAAAUAUAAAUAUCAAAUUAAAAUCUCAAAUUUAUCUCAAGUUUAAAAAAUAAUCAUUGCCAAUAAUCAUUACUGCAAUUGAUAAAUAUUAUCAAAACAAAAAAAAAAAUUUAUAAAUAUUUUUGCAAAGCUACGAAAAGAGAUAAUUUGAGAAUUUUUUUUUUAUUAUUUUUAAAAUAAUAUUAGUCACAAAAAAGCUCCAUAUCACAUUUAUAUUUAUAUAUUUAUAUAUAUUUUUUUUUCUCAUCGUUACCAGUAUCAUAAUUUAAAAAAUGAGAUUUUUUUUUUUUUCUUUAUUUACGUUUGUUUUUAUUGUAGAAAUUUCAACGUGUUAUUUUCGGGUUGAAAAUAAUUAUAUCAAAUUUUAAAUCAUUUUAAAUAGUGAUUUAAUUGUAGUGACAAUACUAUUGUGUGGUGAAAAAAAAAAAAUAUGAUAAUUAUUAUCAAGCGAAAAUGAAUAAUUUGUAGUUGUUUAUAAUUAAUUUUUAGUAUAGAAAAAUGAAUAUAAAUUUUUAAACAAAAAUAAUUACAUAAACUAGAAUGAUAGAAAGUUUUUUGUAUUUUAGUGAAAAAUAUAUAUUCGUAGAUUUUUAAUUAAUCAGUUUAUUCUGACGCUGGUAGCUGAGGAAAAGAAAAAAAAAAGAAAAUUUAUUAACAAACAAAAAGAAAAAAAAUUCCGUCGAAUUUCGAAUUAAUUUUUUAAAAAUUUAUUUACAUUUUUUUAAUUUAAAAAAUUUUUCUUUUCAAUUUAUAAUAAAAUAUAUAACGAUUUUUAAAAUUAUAUAUAUUAUUUUGAUUUAAUUAUUAAUUUGGUCUAUUAAUAGAUCACUUGAACAUCAAAUUAGGCAGCUAGUUUAAAAAAUAAAAUCUAAAAAAAAAAUCGUAUUACUGAUUUUAAAAAUGAAAAAAAAAAAUAAUAAUAAUUAUAUUUGUUAUCAGUCACAUAGUAUUAUUUUUAAUUAACAUAAUCAAAUUAAUUUUAUUUCAAUUAGCUAUUUUUAUUGACACAAGUUAAUUGUUAAUUAAUGAUUACAAUUUUUUUUUUUUUUUUUUUUUUUUGGCAGCUCAAUAGUAAAUUUGAAAAAAAAAUAAAACAAAUUUUCUUUAAAUACAAUUUUUUUUGCGUUUUAAAAAAAUCUUUAAAUAUAAAAUAAAAUAUUGUUAUUAUUGUCCAUUUUUCAUUUGACUUGUUGAAAAAUAAAAUUUAAUUAAUAAAAAGAAAUACCAUUAAAUCGUUAUAAAAGUCAUGAAGUUUUUUUUUUUAUUUCUCGUGCGAAUUUAUUGAUGAAAAAAUAAUAAUAAAAAUAAUUUCUAAGUGUUUGUUUUUUUUCUCAUUAAUAUUUUUAUUUUUAAUUAUUAUUUUUUCAUUUUAAAUUGAGUUUAUUGUUACAUUAUUAAUAAUAAUAAAUUGUACAUUGAAUUAGUAAUUAUAAUAUUCAUUUAUUGUUAUAUUAAACGAUAAUAAAAUAAUUUAAAUAACAAAAAAAUUAACAAAAUUUGUAAACUAAAAAUAACAAUAAUUCAAGUUGAUUGUUCUAUUGAAUAAUUGACCAAUUUAAAAUUAUAUUUAUACAGUUUUUAAUCACCCGUGUCAAUAUGACGAUAAAAAAGAAAAUAAAUAAAACAAUCACAUAAUAAUUUAAAUAUAAA